GAAUGCCCGCAGACGUGUUUCUUUCUCUCUCCCUCCCUCCCUUUCUCCCUCUCUUUCGCCCUGUCUAACUCUCUCCAUCUCUCCUCUCUCCCUGCAUCUCUUCUCUCUUUGCACACGUAUAGUCCAUUGGCAACAAAGCAAGGGGAGAGACGGACAGGCAUAGGCGGAACAGGAAUAGAGCACUAAGAGAGAGCAAAAAGAACUGGGUUGUGCUUGUCUUGCAUUUAUUCAAAUCCAUCAGUUGGUCUGUUGGUCUCCACUUGGGGCGGGGAGAACAGGGGUUAGGGGUCAAAGGUAACAGGUCAAGGCAAGGUGCUGAUUUUUUUUCUUUCAGGCUGGGGGUUAAAUAUAAUGUAUGAAAAAUUAACCAUGUUAAAUCUACAAAGUGGGUCAACCUGGACUGGACCGAACAACUGGUACCACGAAUCGAAUGCGGUGCCUUCGCAGCAUAACACAGCCGUGCCAGAAGGUUGUGACGUGGAAGUGGAUGGAGGAAUGGGGGUAGGUGGAGGAGUGCGGGGAGAAAGGGACGACAGAGAGGAGUCUCAACUUCGACUGCAGCUCAAGAGGAAGUUACAGAGAAAUAGGACCAGUUUUACUCAGGAACAGAUAGAAGCUCUGGAGAAAGAAUUCGAGCGGACGCAUUACCCUGACGUUUUUGCACGUGAAAGAUUGGCGGCCAAGAUCGAUCUUCCAGAAGCACGGAUCCAGGUGUGGUUCUCCAACCGACGGGCUAAGUGGAGGCGGGAGGAGAAGCUACGCAACCAGAGGCGGGCGGGUAGCGGCACGUCCUGCUCCCGACCCCACGGCACGCUUGGCGCGUCCUUCGGCUCAGCAGUCUACCACCACCAGCACAGUGCUAACUCAGGCUCCAUGGUGAACCGUAACGACUCGUCCCUCUCAAACUACAGCGCACUCUCAGUCUUCUCCGGGGUCCAGUCGGUGCCCCCUCAAUCCGCCCCCUCUUACCCCUGUAUGCUCCCUUCAUCCCCCUCUGCCCCUCGGAACUUUGACUCACCCCCUUAUCCCUCUCCUCACCUGCCUCCGCCUCCCUCAGCCAACUCCAGCACAGGUCUAAUUUCUCCGGGAGUCUCAGUACCGGUCCAGGUUCCUGGGAAUGAACAGAACUUGGGUCAGAAUAUGGGUCAGUACUGGACCAGGCUGCAGUAGGAUAGUGGGACAGUGGUACACAGGGAGGGAGAUGCAGGAGGUGAUACACAGUGAGAGUAAAGAGAAGCACAGACAUGCUCACUCUGUGGAGGAAUUCAGCUGCAAGGGAGACAAAACACACAAUGGGAGCAAAACUUAAGCUGCGGCAGGGGAACCUCAUAGCUGUGUUCUGGGAACGAUGGUCCCACAGCAACACAAACCAAUAGCCUGCUCUGGUUAAUUCGGUGUUCAUACAACAAUCACAGCUCUGCAUAAAACUAGUCCUCUUCACGGAAAAAGUUAUAGAAAAUAGAUAAUCCACCACCAGUCCUCUGUGAGGUUGACAGAUCAAGUUUUGCUUUACUAUUUAACCUACAGAAACGAAAGUAACUCUUUUAAAAAAAAUUAUUCCCCAGUAAAUUUGUGGCCAUAUAUGAGCAAUAUAUUUCAUUCCAAAUGUAAAAAAAAAUUGAACAAGCUCAUCUUUAAUGCAAUGUCCACGUUAUUUAAUGCAUACUCCAUAUUUUUAACACACAUGGAGUACUUCCAUGAACUCGCCUCAUGGUUACUAACUAAUUGUUGAAUUCCAGCUGAACUUUUAAUAAAUCAUUUCUGGGUAUGAAUAUAUAGAAUUGCUUCAUGCAUGCAUUGAUGUACAAAUACUGGAAUAGAAGCACAGUUACACAUGCCAGGUGGCCAGCCAAAUGGUUUUAAAUCAAACUGAUUUGAAUGUUUCAGCAAAAUCAAGUAUUCCUCUAAAAUGACUGCAAAACUGGAAUUAAUUUGAUGAUUAAUCAGUGAAUUUAUAUGGCCGUGUCGUGUAGCUGAUCCAAUGUAUUCUGAAAAAUACUUUUCUUCUUAACGACAAGCGAGAAACAAUCCCUUUUUUGUCUAUGCAAAAAUAGUAAAACUCCUCCUUUUAAAAGCCGGCUUUCUAUUGAUCACUGCAUGAAAAUACUGUAGUUUUGCUUGGGCUCCUGUGCUUAUGCCACUAGAAGCUGUAAACCUUGACCUUGGCUUUUUAAUCGUAUCACUCAUGGUUAUUGGUUCAUUGUAUAUGGAUUUGCUACAUGGUCAAAAGGCCUAUACUUCCUGCUACUUUAAAUAUAAAUUUUUAAUUUGUCACGUUGUGGCUGUUAAAAAACUGAAUAAAUUAAAUUCUAAAGCUCUAUUCACAUGGAAUGAAAAUGGAAUUGGGGUGGUAUCAAUGCUUUAUUUGGGUCUAUAUGAAAAGACUAGCUAAAGUUUUUUCUUUAAGGCAUUUGUCGCUCUAUUUGUCAUGGGUUGGCACGUUCAUUGAUACAGAUACUGAAUGUCUUUGGGAUGCAAAUGGUAACAGGCUUAGGAAGUACACAACAGCAAAUUAUUAUAAAAGAUAAGAAAGACAAAUUAAAUUGUAAAAUAUGGCAAGACUUACAAGAGCCAACUCCUCUACAACUGGGAUCUGUCAACAUUUGAGUCAACUGAGGCUUGAUAUUGGAAGAGUUGGGAACCAAAUGGCUUGGAGUGAAGUACUCCUCACUCUGCACUGUUUAAAUUUUGUGAAAGGAGAAAAACAGGGUUGUCACGAGCGCGACCUGUAAAAAGAGCAUCAGCGGUGCUCGGGACGUGCUUCAGAAUCGGUGUGUUUCUGCACCGGCUUAAUGUUACGGCUGAGUGACAGAGUGGCAUUUAUGAUGGGCACGUGAUUAGGGUGCUCCCCUCAGACCUCCUUCAUCUGACACUCCUUCUUUUGUAGGGGGCUCAAACUACCAUUUUUGCAUGACAGUAACUACAGAUGAACAUCAGUACAUUGACUUGGCUCACAGUCAUCUCUGUUCUCUUUUGAGGAGUUUCUUGUUGAUAUGUGCAAACAGGCAGAUGAUGGAUGAUCUUUCUAUAUUGUUUCUAUAUUGUUCAUGGUAACUCAGUACAUUUCUUUGUGUAUAAUUGAGAUCCCAUGGUCAUAUUAGCAAAUAAAAUAGUUCUACUGACUGACAUUUUGAAAGAAAAUAAUUUUUUGCUGUUGACUGCUUCAGUUUAUUUUAUUAAUAUAUUAAAACUAAAUACCACUGUCGACCCCAAAAUAGUAAAUGCUGAAACAGACAGAUGCAAAACAUUUUUUAAAUUAUUCAUAAAGAAGAAAAUAUGUUCAAAUUCUUGCUAAAUCUGUUGAUGCUAAGUAGCCAAAUGCAAGAGAAGAUAGACCUAACAAAAUAUGAUUAAUGAAAUUUAAAAUACAAUCAGCCAAUAACAAUGAGCCAGAAUAAAAAGCCAAUGACAACCAAAUACUGACACCAGCCAGUAAAAAAGAGACUCUCAGGUUUGCAAGAACUCAAAAAUGAAUAGAGUUCCAUUCAGCCAAAAAUAUUUUAUAACAGAAAAAUGACAAUCAUUAGUAUUGGUUGAAAUACUUGAGGGAGUCACUUAAGUGUGUAAAGCUGCCAAUGAUGACAAUCAAGCAUGGAUCUUUAACAGCGAAUGACAAUCAAAAACUGAAUAAUUUGAAUCAAGGAUGUUCCUUUAUUAACAAAGUUCAGUCAUCCAGAGGUGAACUUUACACUGGAUAAAUAUGUUUUGCUGCAGCUGCUUAAUUUCUAUACAUAAUGUUUCCAGUCAUAUCAUAUAUUAUAUGAUUACAUCAAAAAAUAAUUUUCUCUCACUGAGAUUAAACUUUGCCACAAAUAAUAUGUUAUAUUUUCAAUCUAUUCCUUAGCGGUUUCAGUAUAGUUCUUGCCAGUUAGCUUUACAAUGGUGUGAAAAAUGAAAUCGACAUGAAACAUGAAAACAAAGAGUUUUUGUUCAUUUCUUCUGACUGGAAUCAUUAAUAUUAUGAAUAUUAUGUUGGACCAUCUCUGGCCUUUCUCAGCAUCUCUGUUCUGUUUGGCAUUUUCUCCAUGCAUUUUAGGCAGAUUCCCUGAAUUUUUGGAUACAGAAGGUCCAACAACAUUCUUUGUUUAAAUGAGAACGACCUUGUUUGAUGGCUUUCUGGGAGCAAUAUGUUGUCUCACAAUUGUCUAUCAUUUUUCAACUGAGUUCAUACCUGGUCCAUUCCCAGGCCAGGGUAACAAGCGGAUAUUCUUAGCUCCCAGGGAUUGUUUCGCAGUCAGUGUGGCACGGUGCUUCAUCUUGCUGGAAGAUGUCACUGCUUGGAAGUGGCUUUGAAAAUACUAUGAUAGUAUUUCUGGCAGCAUCUUCUCCAGAGCAUUGAUGUAUAAGCCAUGUAUAUAGCUUUCAUGUGGAUUUUUUUGGGGGGUAGGGGUGGGGACUUUUGGGUCAAUUCUGCAAUCCAAUAUGUGUGUAAUAUAUAUAUAUGUAAAAAAUCUCUCAAUGUGUCCUCCCUGCCCAUCACUGAAUCUACACCUGUGUGGUAUUUCAUUUGGUUCGUCUGGCCAAUAUUUAUGUUUAUGCAAUAAGAAUCAGUAACGUCGUCACUGAAAGGAAUUGCAAAACUACUAUUAUUAGCAAUAAGCUCAUGUCAUUGCUGUGUGAUUCUGAUAUUUUUUACACCACUGUACUUUUUCCCUGUUGACUGAAAUUUGAUUAUUUUAUUCUUAUUUGUUACUGCUGCUUCAUGUUAAGUGUGUCAGACUGUGACAUGAUCUAAGUUAAUCUUUGUUUUUUGUGUUUUUAUUGUUAAACUUUUUGCAAAACAGUUAUGAA